AGCGUGAAAGCAGCUGCUUGUGUUAUUUGAAAAUACGUAGUUUCUCGCAACCGUAACAAGCCGGGCGAUCCGAGCGUUUGUGGUGAAACGUAAUAAUAACGUACCUUUGAUCUCUGAGAUAAUUUAUUUAGGCCGCCGGCGAGUAUCGUAAUUUUUGUUUUCCCAAUCGUUUGUCAUCAUCGUCAUGACGGAUCGGACGGAACUGAGGAUGAACGUGGCCGCGUUAAAACGAGUCGAUCCCUACGUUAAGAACAUCCUCGAGACCGCGACUCACGUCGCUCUGUACACAUUCAACGCGGAUGAGAACGAAUGGGAGAAAACCGACAUUGAAGGCGCUUUGUUUCUCUACUCGAGAAACGGCGAGCCUUACAACAGCAUCCUCAUAAUGAACAGAUUGAAUACAAAUAAUUUAGUAGAACCAGUUUCGCCGGGUUUAGACUUGCAACUGCAGGAACCAUUUUUGCUAUACAGAAAUUCUAGAGGUAAUAUUUAUGGUAUCUGGUUUUAUGAGAAAGAAGAAUGUGUGCGUAUUGCAAAUAUGCUAAAUGAACUUCUGAAGGAAUGCGAAGAAAGCCUCAAGAUCAAUAACAAGCCUGUAGUUAAGGCUAAGAAAACAUCGGGAUCUAAUGUAAACAAUGUAGAUAUAUUCAGUAUGCUCAGCAAGGCGCAAGAAGAUUUUAAUACAAGUAGAAGCAGCGGAGGAGGUAAAGGCAGCGGUGAUAGCGGCAACAAAGUGAGAUCAAAAUCUCCAUUGUCAUCUACAACUGACAAUGUUAGCGGACCUCUGGCAGCUCCCUUAGGACCUGACGUUACUUCGCAAAGUGUAAUGGACUUUUUUGCAAAAGCAAAAGUAAAUCCAGUACAUUUUAAACCAAGUGAUCAACCCGCUCCUGGUAACGCCGUUGCAAUCGAGACCAAACCGUUUUUCGGACGUUUUCCGUCUUAUCCGGCGGCGCACACUCUAGAACAUAUUGAAAAACAACAAAGAUCCAUAACGCCGCAACCUUCGACCCAAUCGCAAUCGACGCCAAUUUCUUCUACGAAUAAAUCUAAAAAACGAAACAAAACGACUCAACAAGAAUCGUUAGUGUCCACAACGGCACCGACGGCGCCGGUCACGCAAGAUCUUCCACUACCUGUCACACGGACUAAUAAUGAUUCGAACGGGUCGACUGGAUUUCUCAGGAUACAGUCGCCAACCAAUACGUCCACUUCGAAAACUUCUAAAGCUUCAGACAUUACUAAUGCCAACAACGCUAAUCCUCUCGCAUCAUUAUUUGCUCACGCUUCUGGAAGCACAUCAUCAGACGAUAUUAUGCCUGCGGCAGCACCCACGUUGUCAGGAAGAGGAUCAGCGCCAGCUUUAAUACCUCCUGUUAUGUUCGCUGCGUCUAGUCCCUCAUCAGAACCUUUGAACAGACCUCUGGAACCAUUGACGAGGAAUCAGCUUUUACAAGCGUUCAAUUACUUGUUAAAAAGUGAUCCGGACUUCAUCAAUAAGCUUCACGAGGCCUAUGUUAAAUCAUUCGGAGAAAUACUCUCUUAAAUUUUACUCCGUACCCAUCACCAAUGUUACUGAGAAAACCUAUUUUACGGGUUAUGACUGAAAAAAAAAAAAAAAAGAAAAAGAAAAAAAGAAAGAAAAAAAAAAGAAACAAGCUAAAUCUCAAUUAUACCUAGACGUAUGGUACGACAUUUGUACAUACGUAGGUAUAAAAUUUAUAAAUGCUUGAAGAGAAUCAAUUUGACUUUAAAAGAAACUGGAGUUUCUUUUAAAACAAAAAAAAAAUUUUUUUGUUUUCUCGUUCCAGGUCUAUAACAACAAAGUAAUAAAAUAGAAGACAACAUAUAUUGCAAUAGAACUGGCGCGAUUAAUAUAUACUUUUUAACGUUUACGCCUACUUCCUCGCUCUUUUCUCGAUUUCCUAUUUGUUUGUUAAAAAAUUUAAUUUCGAAUUGUCGAGCCCGAGUUAACCUCCGUCGAGUUAUUUUAAUUAUUUGCUGGAUUUAAACGAUUUCUUGUCGGACAUAAAAAAAAAAACUCCAGUUAUCCUGCCAGAUUACUGCAAUCGAAUCGAUGCUGAGUAUAAUACGGACAUUUAAUAAGUGACCAACAUAUCGGCCGCGUUACUGUUGGAUGGCAAUUUUUUUUUCACAGGAAAGUCACAAAUAAUUAAUUACAAAAUGAUUGAAAAUCAACAAAGAUUUUGGUCUGGUUCACAGAUUUUAUCUUAAAACUGUCUGUUUUGUUUAUCCGUUUUUGGUAAAUAAAUUUAACUCGCAAAUAAAAACUCGUUCGCAUACUGGCAAGUACAAGUUAACAAAUUGCAACGUCAUUCCGCUGGCUAGUAAAAAAACGAAAAAAAUCGAACCAAGCCAACUAUUCUAUUUGGAAUUAAACAAAUUCAAAGAAACAAGAAGAGAGUAGGGAAGAGAACACUAAAGAUAAAGACGACGAAUUGCGCCGGCUCUCUUUACAAGAAUCUUGAACAGUAUUUUUUUAUAAAAUAAUAAUGCGCUUAAUUCGUGAGAUGACUCGAAGUACGUACGGAGAGAUGGUGAUUUGGUAAUAAAAGACAUUUAAAUGAAAUAAAACAAAAAUGAAUGAAUGAAUGAAUAAGUAAGAAAAACAAAAAACAAACACUUGAACUUGAAGAAAAAAUCAACUGGUAGAACUUUUUCAAAUCGACGAAAUACGUGCUCUACUGGAAAAAAAAAACAAAAAAAAAAAAAAAA